AAACUGUCCAACUGAAGCCUCAGGCUAUGUGUCGAAAUGUGUUGGAACAGCGUCUGAGGGUUCUAAUAUUGAUCCUUAUCGAAAAGCCCCUAAUGACUCCACAGUUCAUGUAACCUGCACCGUCUACCUGUUCGCGGGUAAUUCUGCAGAGUAUAUACGGCAACGAGUAAGUAGGACACGCUUCGUACCUGGCGCAGACGACAGAUACAGCUCAGACCAGGAGGUCGUGCAACAGUCGCGGACUUGGGGGAUUCCUAGUCUUCAUACCUGAAAAUGAAAUACGUUUUGGCAAUACUGUGUUCAGUCCACCUCAUGAGCACCGUCCGCGGUGUAUCGCAGUGUAUCAAGGCGACUGAAUGUAACCAAGUGUUCUCCAGACAAGCAUCACGUACAGGCAUUGAUGAGGGAACCUUCUGCUGGUACAUACGACAAAAGAUAGACUGCCUGGAGAACGUCAAGGGAGCAUGUACCCCAAAGCAGAACGAGUGGGUGCAGAAUGACAUCGACACUGCCAAGGAUAAAUACCCCCAGUGCGACUCGGCAUCAUUUGUGAACUGUUCUUUCCUUGGCUGCAUCUGCCUUGCCUUGCUCGCUGUCUUCUUCCAACGGUAGAAACAAACAGCGUCUCCAUGUUUACCACCUUCUUCCGAAAACGCUAUGCAAGAUUCAGGGACUCAUGUAACACAUGCAAAUAAUAUGUCGCACCUACUAUUACCAGUUUAGAACAUUAGGUGAAACGUGGCAGAAAUAGAUAUACAAGACGGACCUUCAUUGUUGCUCCAAGUGCGAAGUCGGCUCCACCGUGAGCGCUGGAAAAAUCUUGAACAUCACCAUCAACGAUACCCUCGCAUGCCAGUGAUACGGACAGGACAUUUGUGGCGGCAGAUGUGCCCGGCUCGAGCCUCAAAGACCAUUUCGUCAUUUACCGUCUAGUCGCAUCUGUCGCCUAUGUGCACGUUGAUAUCUUACUUUGACAUAAUGUCUGGUUCAAACAUAAGCAGAGGGAUACACAGUAUGUUUGCCAUUGCAAGGACGGUGUGCUGCUGUUAUAUCAAUAUUCCAAGAACACUCUGGUACUAGGUGAACUAGGUGAAUUUGUCUGUGUUGUAUCUGCAGUCGUGUUACUUAACAUAUGUAGAUUAUAGUAACUAAUUGUUAACCGCAGCAUAAAGAUAUGUGAAUCGGAGCUUAAAAUCUUUAAAACUAUGGUCAAAAACAACCCAAAUGGUGCUUUGCUUCGUGAACGAUGUAAUCGUAGAGUAUAUAUCAGCGCCUUUUUUCACAGAUAUAUCACCUUUUCUAUUCGGAACAUAUUUGCACUCGGAACACUUUGAUCAUAUGUGGACUGAGUGAGUGAGUGAGUGAGUGAGUGUUAACAUCCCGUCAGGGUUUGACGACAUUGUAGACAUCCAACUGGUCGCGGCUGCCUGCCUACUUGAUUAUUUCUACUGAAGUAUCACUCUGUGGGCAACAUGAUACGCGACAAAGUAAAUUCCCAUGUACGCAUGUCAACAAUUCGGAAAUACUCCGUGCAAGCAGUCUCUCGUAUGGUCCGACAUCUGUCUACUAUCGCUAACCACUCAGAGCGGUCAACAUUACACUGUCUUGGUAUAAUAUAAUAUUUUCACAUAUUGCAUAUUUCAUAAAAAGGGGAUUAUGCUAAUCAGAUAAUUAAUUUUAUUCAGAACUUGAAAUAAACACAGAGCCCAAUAACGUCUGUUUCUUCACGUACGACCAUUUGAGAUCAAACUGCAACAUUGACGGGAUAUGUUUUCUUCAUUAUUGUAAAUAUGCCAUUUCAUUUUCCCGUUGGUGAAGUAUACAGAGUUACGUGGUAGAUACAUGAGUCGUUUCGUCACAAGUAUCCCAGACAGAACCCAGUCAUGUUGUCUGUGGGGCCGGACAGGUAGAGACGCACAGAGGGGUGAUUCAGUCGGGCAGAUGUCUCGUGUGGAGUGAUUCAACUCCGGUGCACUUUUUGGGACCAGUUGUGUCACUGUUGUUUAUUACAAAUUACCUUUGUUAUGUAUUGCGAUUUGUAUAAUUUAUAUCAUGUGUCAUUUGGCAAUAAAAUGAUCAACUCACUAAA